AUGCCGGACUCAAUGUACUGGGCCCCCGGUUUGUUGGCUGCGGGCCUUAGUAACGGAUCACUCUCCUUGACUCGGUUGGACGACAUUGCCACGAGGAUCCUUGCGGCCUGGUAUAACUAUGCCGAGCUAGAACACCCCGAGUCAGGCAUGCCGGUCAACCUGCUCGAGCCAUAUCAGUCGAUAGAGGCUCGGGAUCCGGCAUCGAAAAAGACCCGCUUCCAGAGUGCCGUUGAAGGCCACGUGCUGGUGAAGAAGUCCGGUGCUGUACUGCUCAGCAAGCCCAAGUUCGUCUCUCUCUUUGGGUACGAUUUGACAGGCCUUGACAACAGUCUGGCCGUCAGCCUAGCGACCGGGGCCCCGGGGUGGCCUGGGACUCUGUUUUCCGGUGGAGGUUCUUGCUCGAACACUCCGUCCUAUAUCGAUGCGCCGUUCGAUGCUUUCCAGCGACAGACUCGACGUGACGGGACGUUUUUGGCGUGGGACCUUGCAUCUGCCGCCCCGCACGUGAACCCUGCGAGCGAAGUCUGUGGCGUCUUCGUGAACGAACAGUCGUCCGAAGGCUGGGACCGGUCCUCCCAGGGCGAUGCGUACUCCGAUCAACUGAUUCAGAACGUCGCGGACCAAUGCAACAAUGCCAUGGUUGUGAUUCGUAAUGCCGUCUUGUUGACCGCUGGUGGAUCACCUCCCCCUGGGACACCGGUGUCCCCGUCCGGUCGCCCCCCGUGUACCGUUGCUGUGAAGGAAACCGACUACGGCCUACUCCUCCACCCAGCCGUCCAUGUGGGUGAGAAGAACGCCUAUUACCCACAGGCUGACUUCUCCGAGGGGAUCCUGAUCCAUUACAAAGCCUUUGAGGCGGCCGACUUCACUCCGCGCUACGAGUUCGGCUACGGGCUCACUUACACCACUUUUGACUAUUUCAAUCAACGGGUCACAGCGCAGGAAGGACCGCCGGGAAUAUCUCGCUCCUAG